CUUUUAGACAACGCAAACAACGCGAUACGUACAAUUUUGUGUUCAGUUAAUUGAAAUAAAUUAAAGUGGACGGUAUAUACCACCGAAGUGGAUCAAAAUACGCAGAUAUAGAAUAGAGUGACAUAAUAAACAGUUUUUGUUCUGCGUAACGAACGAUAAUCCACGCCAUAUAUUUUAUUUUUAAAAAAUGUCGCAUCCCCACGAAGAUGAAAUUGGUGAAAUAAUCGAAUACAUUACCGGCAUGCGAAGAACAUUCAAUCGUAAAUUGGACGAUCAUUUAUUUAUCAUGGAGCAACAGAAUCAUCGCAUUGAAGAACAAUAUCGGAUCAUUGACGAACAGCGAAUUAUUAUUGAUGAAUUGGCCUGGCAGAUUCGCGAUUUACGGGACUCGGUUAGACAGGUCAGCGAACAGAAAAGUAGUUGUGUGUGCAACUAUGAGAAUCAUGUGUCCAGACAUCGAAGUAAGGAACAUAAUUCGGUGCAAGGAAGUAAUCGGAUAAAUUGUCGAAUAGAAGAAAUUGAUGAGGAACAUGAGGACAUUUACGAAAAAAUCGAUGUCACAAGCAAUCAUCCACCAGCAGACCGCUCCAAUCCAGUCCCACGAACACGAAACAUAAACCCACCAUCAACACCAAAAUACACCGAAGUUAAUAAACUGGAACCGAAUAAAUCAAAUAACGUCACAAUUAACCGAACGACCCGCUAUAUUCGACCAGCGAAUUCAGUGCAGGGAACAUUGCCAGACAGAACGGAUAUAUCGAAUUCGUUGCACGAUGCUUUGAAUCGAUUGAAAUUCGAGAAUCUGGCCGAAAGAGAUAGCAUCGACGAGGAAGGAACCGGGGACAUUUUGCUGCGAACCAAACCGUUCAAACAAUUUUCGAGGAAUUCACAGCGAGGAAGCAGUAAAGUUAUGUGCUCGAUGGUGUCGGACAUCGAGCAAGACUAUCUGCCCAACGAAGAAGAAUUGGACGAGGAAAAUUUUGUUCGUAUUUCGUCGAGACAUGUAGUUUCCGAUGCUGUUAUUGACUAUGACGAUAAAGGCAAUACAUCCAAAAGGGCUGGAGUUGUUUUGUAGAUUGUUAUUAGCUUCUAGGCACCAAUGUUAAACUAACAGUAGGAGUGAUAAUGUUGUCAAUAAUUAAUAUUUCGAAAUU